AUGGAAAAUGAAUGUAAUUUUCCAAGAAAACUUCGUUAUGAUAUUAGUAUGUCAAAAAGAACAAGAAAAACAGCGAAAGAAGAAGACGUUGUGGUUGAAAGUGUGGAGUAUCAUGAUGAAGAAUUGAUGAAUAAUUCAGAUGAGAAGAAGAGUUUAAAGCAAUUGAUUGAAGGUAGAAGGACUUCUUUGGGACACCAUUUUACAGAAGAAGAAAGACAAGUUCAAAUAGUUGUAAAACAGGCAGAGAAUAAUGGUGUUAAAUUCAAGGAAAUGGUUAGUCGUUAUGCUAAAGUUUUAAGCCAUAUGAUUAAGCUUAAGAGAAAGAAGCCUGCAGGUUACAUAUUGAAGAUGCAAGUACAUACUAAUAAAUAA